GCAGUUUAGAUUGGAAGUAAGUUUCCAGAGAAUUGUGUGAAUCGUCGAGUCUACAUGUGCUUCUGCCACCCAGGUCUAUCCGUACCCUCCAUUUCAAGUUUCCCCUAUCUUUGUUCCAUCGACCUUCUCGAACAAUGCAGUGCCGGCCAAGUAGAUUUACGGAUGUGUCCACAGUCCACCUCAGGUCUUGUGUUCCUCUGCCUCGUGCUCGAAAACCCCCCUCCUCUUUGUCAGUCCGAGUGCCCUCCUUCCUGUAUGCCUCGAGACUUGCCCGCUCCUUGUCUCCAAGGAUCUACGGCGUCAACAUUCGCUAUGUCCGUGAUAGAGAUCUCGAUAUUUCCUGUAGGAUGCUGUAGUUUUCGGAGGCACAGAUGCUGAUGCUUGAUAAUGGCCUUCCUAGCCAGUGACGUAAGGUACUCAGGAUGCCCC